AUGCAUGACAACCGGACCCACCCACUCCUGGCCCAGGUGCCUCUGACAGUAUCGCCCUUCACCAACCUGCCCACAUCCAUCACCCUCCCCUACACCUACAAGGCCAUGCCAUCAACUCUGCCCCCAUCCGCCACGGGCGUCACAUCCGCCACGGACCCGGACUCAAACGAGAAGCCCCGCUACGUCGUCUCGCAGUCCGGCCACGCCGCCCACCCAGACGACAUCAUCGCGAGCUGCCGGGCCCUGCAGGCGCACAUCACCAAGCUGCAGGGCGACGCGGAGCAGGAGCUCCGGGACCUGGACGAGCGGAUCAGGGCGCGGGAGCUGGCCGAGAAGCGGAGGGUCGCGCCCGGCUGGCUGGACAGCGACGCGCGGCUCCUGGAGCCCGAGAGGACGGGCGGCAGCGGGCAGGAGGCUACGGAUCUCAUGACGGGCGACGUCCCGGGGGCGAGCGCGAGUGACCAGCUCAGGGGCAUGAGCCUGGCUGCGCAGCAGCCUCACACGGGGCCGGGUGGGCUGAGCGAGAUGGCUGCCCCAGACGACCAGGGGGCGCAGCUGGAUAAGGCUUUCGGCAGCUUGCCUAUGCGGCCAAAAUGA